UAAACCAUGGCCAGCCAGCCGCCGUAUGUCCACCAGCUGCUGCCGGCCGGUCUGCAGAGAAGGCUCAACCAGCAGAGACUCGCAGGCCAAUACUGUGACUUGACCAUAAGGGUGCGGGACGGAUCGUUCCACCUCCACAGGUGUGUGUUUGCAGCCUUCUCCUCCUACGUCGCCCAAAUGGACUCUUCCAGCCAGUCCCUGGUCAUCGACCUGCCGGCCCUCACAUGCCGAGGUGUCCAGCCCCUCGUCUCGUUCCUGUACACCUCAAAACUACACCUGAACGGGGAAAACAUCUUCGAGGUCUACACCGCAGCCGGGUACCUCCACCUUCAGGAGGCUGUCAAGGACUGCGUCGACUUCCUCCAGAAGUUCAAGAAGCAGACAGCAAGCUCGGAAGGAGGAGGGGAUGUCUUAGAGGCAACAAGCACAAGCAGGGGUGAAGACGUUUUGGAGAUGCCCAAUCCUACAACCGUCGUCUCUGCAAGCCCGCAUCCCUCUACAGUUACCUGUAGCCCAGCAGGCGCAAGUGAAGCGGAAUCGGGGUCCUCUGUUACCGGUGUUAUUAAAAUUGAGGACUCCACAAGCUUAACAGGCUGGGAAGAGUUUGCAAGGUUUCAGGACCGUAGAGAUACCACAGCUGUAGACAACAAUGAACCAGAGCUUCUCUCGGCAGACCAUGACAUCACUGACGCAACGGGCGCAGAAAACUCGGACCAAGCAUCGAACGACCCGGACGAACAGCAGUCCUCAGUCGGCAAGCAAACAUUCCCCGAAACUGAAGACUCGCGAGUUGAUCGAAGCACGCCACUGCCACACCAGUACAUAGUAGUUAACGCUGAAGACCAGCAUAGACAGAGUGCUGGGACGGAUAUAAGUGUCAGCGCAAGCACAGACAAUAUGUUAGUCCCUAGUAUCAGUAUGGCAGGUCCCCCUAGUGUUGUUAACUCUACAUCAUAUCCUUUGGCAGAUGACGUAAAUGUAAACCCAGGCUACACGUACGUGUAUGGUCCUGGUUUCGCGAACUCGCCACCUAGUACCAGCAGUAUGAGUGCGGCAGGCAAGAGAAGCGAGUGCAUCUGCCCGCUGUGCGGAUGCGGGUUCAGCCGAAAGUCGACCCUGAAGGUUCACAUGCGUACGCACACAGGAGAAAAGCCGUAUCACUGCAGCAUGUGCCCCGCCCGCUUCUCGGUGAAGUGCAACCUGAAGCAGCAUGUGAAGAGUAUGCACCUGCGCGACAGGCCCUUUAAGUGUGAUCUGUGUCCGGCAGACUUCACCCAGAGGCAGCGACUCAUCAGACACGUCUCAGAUUAUCAUUCAUGAAACAUUUC